AUGGGACAGUCCUCUGAAUCUGCUGCGAAGAUAGAUGAAACACUGGAAAAUUUCGUUACCAAGCUGGCUAAGGAAAUUGUCGACAAUGCUGUAUUAGACGGUUUUAUUGAACUCCGUUCAAAGUCGAAUGAAGACAAGGAGCCCGAAAAAGAGCUCACCUUUUGUAACAACGAUCACUUGAAACCAGGUAUACGCCUUGAUGUAGGUAUUGUCGACACUAUCUUUAAACUAUUUACACUUAAAAACAUGGCCAGAUACCUCGUCUUUCUAUUGGCUUUAAUGCUUGCUGACACAUUGUGGGAUUUCAUCGUAGAUGUAUAUUCACGUCCUACCAUACUCAAGCCCAAAGGUCCACGACCGUUCUUUCUCAAUACUUCCAGUAUAUAUUUAACGGAUUUUUACACAGGAGAAUUUCGGCCAGAAAGGAUGAUUACAAGUGCAGACCUUCUUGUCGUCAUGUAUUAUGCGCCAUGGAGCUAUCACUCACAGUAUUUGAGACAUCCUUUCGAAGUGGUAGCACUUAUGUUACGCAACCAUGAAAAUAUAAAAUUUGUGGGUGUUAAUUGUUGGACAACUGUGGGCGAGUGUCGCAAGGCAUACAAAAUUUACCAGUAUCCAAUAAUUGUUGCAUAUUCAUCGACAGUUCAUUCUGUUUAUCAAGGUGAACAUUCUACGGAUCAUUUGUACAGAUGGGUAGUGAAUGUGAGAAAUCCGCUACGACAUGCAAACACACUGGAAGAGCUAACAUUUUUCAAAGAAAAUUAUCAUGCUGUUAUUCUCGGCUAUUUUCCUUUUAAGGACAUGAAAACACCUGAAGGGUAUCGAGCGUUCGCCGCUGCUGGUAUGAUGUUGCAGACAGGUUUAUCAGAAGACGAAUCAACAUGCCUUAUUGUAACUACGAGUAUGCAGUUAGCUCGCCAGUUGGGAAUGCGUUUCGAAGGCGACAUUAUUAUGUACAUUCCUAAAGGUCACGUAUUUCGAUGGUCUCUCACAGCCUCACGCACUGCAGAAAAUAUAGCAGAGUGGGUUCGAGGAAAGCGUACGGAGGUAGCUCCUGUCACAUGGAUACAUUUCAAUCGGAACACAGAACUGAUGACAUCCCAACUUUCCCAACUCUUGAAUGAUUCUUCGGCAUUACUGCUGGUCACUCCGCUGAUUAGGAUUUAUCGUGUUCAGUUUGACUUGGUUCUUUUUACUGAACUAGCAAGAGAAUACUGGAAUUGUGAGCAAGAUAACAUCCAACUUCUAAAUUCUGAGCCACAGCUCAUCAGAAAACCUCUGCUGUCUGAUGUAUUGUCAAGUGAUAAGGAAGCCUGUGGCGAGGCCAUCGAGGGCGUUAUUAAGAUGGAUUCGUGUUGCCGCUCACUGCUACCAUCGGUGGACUGGAAUCUAGCGUGUGCAUCUUCGUCAAAAUAUCAUUGGGAAGACGAAGUGGAGGGCCAUCACCAGCAUGUUAUUGAAGAAGAAGGAAAAUCCAGACGGCGAAGUCACUGGACUGAGCAGGUGUUAGCUGCGACGAAUCAGUGUGUAGCAGUACGAAAUGGAAGCCUAGACGCAAAUGUUGUUCUGUCAAGGUGUUGCACAAACUACGAGGAAUUCUCGCAACUUCAGUUGACACCGGUCCAGAAAGCUAAUGCCAUUUCGAAAGUCCACGCACGAGAACUAAAGUUUGUUGAUUUAUGCAUGCGUGGUCGCCUCUACGAUUACAUGAAGUAUCCUGCAAUGUUUGAGGAUGUAAAUGCGUUCGAUGAGCCACGACCCAGUGUGAAUUCGUCUAUACGAGGCAUCGGUUGCAGAGAUGGUCCUGAAAAUGGCACACUGAAAUUUGUUGUUCUUGAUUCUCUUCACUAUCAAUAUUUUCUGCGAAAAUGGGGUCUAGGCAAUGUAACGCUACCUUUGGUAGUCGCAGUCGACUUCAAAAAGGAAUUCUUCUCCGUGAUGGAAGGAAAAUUGUCGCAGAAGAAAAUACGUGAAUUCGUUCACGAUUUCCACUCGAAUAUUCAAGAAGAGCAUUUAAAAGACGAAGAAGACAUUGUAAAGAGGUUUGAUGUUAGAUCCGAAUCCGUCCAUACUCGUAUCCGCAACGAACAAGUUAUACAACGACUCACUCUACAGUCAUUUCUCGAACUUAUCGAAAACCGACCCAAUGCCACUCACGAUAUUGUCGUGUUUUUUUCUGGAGGUGUAUGGCACGCACCAUCCACUGCUGCGAUGCACGUUUUUCAUGGUGUAGCUAGUUAUUUCUCGUCCUCCAGUGACCUUAUCAAAUUCUAUGGGCUAGAUACUUCACGCAACGAACUUCCCUACGACUAUAACUUCGAUCGCUUACCUGCUUUAGUAGUUUUCCUAUCCAAUCAAACGGAGAUGAAUUGGAAGUAUCCUGAAAUUCUCCCUAUUUCUUAUGCUAACGUACUUUCCUUCGUUCUAUCGCACUGUUCUGCUCGACUCCGUUGGAAGAUGGCGCUUACAAAUUGUGGGCGAGUCUGCGUUACACACAAUCGACUGCGGCUUAGAAAAAGGCAAGAGAAAUUGCGGAAUGCCAUUCAUCGUAUCAGGGAAAAUCCUAAUCGCAAAGAGCAUCAAACGAAAUUACAGUAUUUCGUCAAGCAACUUCGCGUGGUCCGUCGAGUAUUGCGAGCGUUACAUACCGCUUUGCACCAGUCAGAGGUGUUAACUGAGGAGACAGUUAGUUUCUUCUUUGGCUGCUACCUUUCGACGGUGGUGUUUCUGACGGGAUGUCGAGAUACUAAAACCAACUGUGAUUCCUCUGUUGUAUUUCGGAAGUUGUUUCUUGUUGUUGCUCAGGAUCGAGUGUGGAAUGUUCACCCAGCAGACAAAUGCUCGAAGACAAAGAAAUUGCCGUUGGCUUAG